UAUAAAUUAGAAAAUCCAUUGCGAGAUUCUAUAACAAAAAAAUGGUAGAGGUCGUCCUAUCAUACCACUAUUUUCUGGUUACCACUGUAAGCUGAAACCUAGUCAUUAACUUUAUUUGGUCGCUUCAUACUUAAUUUAGAAUUAUUGUUAUCAAUGUUAAGAUGAAAAUAUUAAUGCUUCUGCUAAAGUUUGUGAUAUUUAGGCGCUAAAAUUAAGAUUGAUAUUUUUCGUUUACAUUUCUGUCUUUUAUGCUAAUUAAAUCAGUAUUGCUUAGCCUAUCUGGAAAAAUGUUUUCAAUGCAUACAGUUGAUAUUUUUACCUUUCCCUACUUUUUCAAUAAUAUUUUUACCCUGUUGGUGUUAUGUUAUUAUCGCCCUUAUAUAAUUCUUUAUAACCUUUUUACUUAAGUACAUUCAGUUCUAACAAUGCAUUUCAGGUGAAAAAUGUUGUUUCGCGCUGGCCCGUUUGCGGUCAUCGUAUUAUUAUCCACCUGUGCGCAUGCGCUUUAUGAAGACCAGGUCUUUAAGUUUGAUUGGAGGAAACAGUAUAUAGGUAAAGUGGAGUACCUGGAGUAUCAUGGAUCUAACCAGGAUCCUGUUCUUAUUGUUGGAACUAAACGGAACGUUGUUGCAGCUCUAGAUUCUGAUAACGGACGUAUUCUCUGGAGACAUAAGUUUGAAGAAGAUGAAAGUGUUGGUGCUAUACGCGCACUCGCUGUGCUUGGGAAGCACGCAGUUUCUGUGAGCGGAUCCACGGAUCUGUUUCUCAGGAUUUGGGAUCCACUUCGAGGACCUCUCCUUUAUGAACACAUGUUCCGGCUGAAGAGUUCCCCGGACCUAGUUCAUCUUUCUAAAUCUAAACUCUGGACUGUAUUCAGCUCCGGGAAGGAAAUUGAGAUCGUGAGCUACUACUUUGAUACUAAGAAGACCGGAGAUCCUAUCUUUCAGACAGUUUCUGCUCCGGGAGGUCAAACUAUCAGUGAAUGUUUAGCUCACGGAGACUGGUUGAUCUGUAGAACUCCGUCUAGUGUUCUCUACACUACCCUGAAAGCUGCCGGAGAGUUUAAAUCCAUCCUGAUCCCGGCAAACUUGGGAAGUAUUUCUUCCAUGAAGUUGAGCGGAUCUUAUCUUCUGAUAGAAUCUGGGUCUACGGUUCUUAACUAUAAGAUAACUGAGGACGGAGUUAAGACCGGAGAAGAAACCAGUGCUCUGUACUCCGACUGCCCAGGCCUCAAGGUUAAACAAGAUUGUACUGAGAAAGGAACUGACUCCGAAGGUUUUGAAUACUGUUCUGUUUACUCUAGUGACGUUCUGGUUAUUUUCCAGGAUAGAGAUCAGGUUGUAAAGAUUUCUGAGAAGAGAGGAAAGCUGGAGAAGGUUUGGACCGAGUGUAACGCAGACCCGGACGCAUUUCAACUCAUUCUAGGGUUCGAAGACGGGAGCUUGAUAUCCGUUACACCUAGAGGAAACAUCAUGUUCGUCCGUGAGGAAGGAUUAGCUAGUAUUCAAAAGGUUGAACUGGUCGGGAUGGGUUUCCAGGAUCAGGAUUUUCAGAUGAAACUGAUCCAUACAGAGAACAUAUUUGAUCCCACCGGCUUAGCUCAGAACUUUAUUAAUAGAAUCAAGCGUCAUGUCUCCCAUUUUCACGCAUUUAUUAGUUCUAUCACAAACUUCCGUCUGUCUGAGAAAACAAAGGCGGUUACUCCGGACAGGUUUGGAUUGAAGAAGAUAAUUGUAGCGGUUACUGAGUUUAACAAGAUGUAUGGUAUUGACAGUAUGUCCGGAGAUAUCCUCUGGCAGACAAUGUUUCCUGGUGAGUUCAACCCAACUAUUCCGGUUUAUCAACCUCAAACCUUUCUUCUAGUUCAGAAGGACGGACGAGCAGGAGAUUAUGCACAAGCAAUCCUAGUCUACAAGCGUGCUCGCUCCGUUCAUUACAUGCUCAGCUUUAACCCUCUUAACGGCGAGGUUCAGAGUAAUGAACCAACUGGUCUGGUUCUAGAUCAAGCUAUCUUACUCCCGGAGCUUCCUGAUCAUGAACUGAAACCUGUUCUUCUCAUCGGGAAGGACGGGAGCGCCGUGAUUCAUCCUGCCAACGCAAUCAACUGUUUGAAGACUGGUCCUGCACUCUUUGUCGCUACUAAACCAGAGCCUGGUAAGCUGGUUGGAAAGAAGGUUGUCGUGACCAACUCUGAUCAAAUUAUUCUCUCCCCCGUCUGGUCUCUGAUGUCCCCGAACACAGAUAUAAUAGCCAUUGAUCAGAGGCACCCUGAUGAGCAUGUCCAUACUGCUGGACGAGUUCUAGCUGAUCGCUCCGUCCUGUUCAAGUACAUGAACCCGAACCUUGCUCUAGUCCUAGCUCAGGGUCUGGAUAGUACUGCUAAGAUCUUCAUCAAUGUUUAUCUGAUAGAUAUGGUAACAGGGCGGAUAUACUACUCCGCCAGUCAUAAGAAGGUUCUGCCUCCCUUCCACCUCACUCACAGUGAGAACUGGGGCGUUUACACUUUCUUCAAUGACAAGGCCCGGCGCACUGAGUUGGUCAGCCUAGAGCUGUACGAAGGAAAAUCCCAGAGCAAUGCUAGUGUAUUCUCCUCUAUAGAAGAUCUAGUAAACCCACUGGUAGAAAGACAAGCAUAUAUUCUCCCAACCUCGGAUGUGACGGCUCUACGGGAAACUAUGACGGAACAGGGAAUUACAAGUAAACAUCUUCUGAUAGGAACCUCUCUAGGUUCUAUUGUUGAUCUUCCUCUUCUCAUGGUUGAUCCUAGACGUCCUCCUCUAGACUCACCAGUUCAUGUUAGAGAACCUGGUAUACCACCAUACAUUCCUGAACUACCCUUCCCUCAUGAAUCCAUACUCAACUACAACCAGACCAUCCUCGGGGUCAAGAACAUCGUGACCUCAGCCUCCGGCCUCGAAUCCACCACCCUCGUCUUCGUCUACGGGUUGGAUAUCUACGGAACUAGGGUUACUCCGAGCAAAGGUUUCGAUCUGCUCAAAGAAGAUUUUGAUUAUCUGAUGAUUACAUCAGUUAUCCUAGGUCUGGCUUUGGCCUGUUUUAUUACCAGAAAAUUGUCUCAAAAGAAAAUGUUAAGUCAAGCCUGGAAAUAGACAAACACUAAAUAUCGAGAAUAGUUUUUUUCUGAAAAAUACUAUUCCCAUGGUAUUAUUUUAGGAUUGUUUUUAAUUUUUGUAAUAUUUAUUUCUAAUUGUAAAAACUCUUGAUUAAAGAAAUAUCUUAAAAUUGUUAAGCAGCCCAUUUCCUUGUUAAAACUGUAAAGGAGUCUCUGCAAUAUUAUAUAUUAAAAAGUGACGAGUCAAGAAGUCCUUAUAAUAUUCCUUGUUUAAGCUGGCAAGCAGUCCCUAUGAUAUUCCUUGUUUAAACUGUAUUGUGAUCUCACGGCAGUCAACUGUCACAUUAUUUAAUUGUUAUUAAUUUCUCUUGUCUGAACUUAUCGCUAGUUUUUUAAUUGCGAUCAGACAAUGUUGGAGCCACAGAUAACACAGAUAGGAUAAGGGUUGUAUAUGUUAUUAAAGUGUUUUGUAGUCAGACAUUGAUUAGGUUUCAGUAAUGGGAACUCAACUUUUCAUCUUUCAACAGAACCAGAGCAAUUUUCAAGGAAAAUCCAGCAUGGGUUUCCUGGUGUAUCUUCCAGCCUGCUACGCCUUUUGUACUAUCUAAGUUUUCUGUGGUUAGAGUGCCCUUGUCAAUUGUUAAAUUCCCCCAUGGUUGUAAAUAUAACCUUUGUAUUCAU